UCCGCCGAGAGAUCGUUAUGCCCCUACCCGUUGAAGCACGCGUACGAUGGCAGCGAGCGGCGCGCCUGUAUCAGCACUGGCCACGUCUCGUCGCUGUCUCGCCUUCGAGUCACUUCGCGUCAUUGCUACUUCCGGCCAUCGUAUACAAAUAUUCUCCGCCAUGGCAGCCUCCUCCUCCUCCCCAGAAGCCGCCCCGACGGGACCCGCGGAUGCCAUCCGCAGGGAUCGGAUCCUCUCCAGCAAUCUCUACUUCGACGUUCUGCCCUCCAAGGUGCCUGUGAUCUACUCGUCAUCCUACGACAUCGCGUUUUUUGGAAUCGAGAAACUGCAUCCAUUUGAUUCAUCCAAGUGGGGCCGUAUUUGCCAAUUCUUAAUUAAGGAAGGUUUCUUAGACAAGAAACAAACAGUAGAACCACUAGAAGCCUCAAAAGAUGACUUACUGGUGGUGCAUUCAGAAUCAUACUUGAGCAGUCUCAAAAGCAGCUUAAAUGUUGCCACUAUUAUUGAGGUCCCUCCUGUUUCUUUGCUUCCCAAUUGCCUUGUACAGAAUAAAGUGCUUUACCCAUUUCGCAAGCAGGUGGGAGGUUCCAUACUGGCAGCUAAACUUGCAAAAGAGCAAGGGUGGGCCAUCAAUAUUGGUGGUGGUUUCCAUCAUUGUUCAGCAGAAAAUGGAGGUGGAUUUUGCGCGUAUGCUGACAUUUCACUUUGUAUUCAGUUUGCUUUUGUUCUUUUGAAUAUUUCAAGAGUAAUGAUAAUUGAUCUUGAUGCUCACCAAGGGAACGGCCAUGAAAUAGACUUCUCUAAUGACAGAAGGGUUUAUAUUCUGGACAUGUACAAUGCUGGAAUAUAUCCUUUUGACUUUGAGGCUAAGAGAUACAUUGAUCAGAAAGUUGAGUUAGCAAGUGGGACCAAAACAAAGGAAUAUCUAGAUAAGCUGGAUGAAGCGCUUGAGGUUGCAAGAAAUAACUUCAAUCCUGAGUUGGUGGUAUAUAAUGCUGGCACUGAUAUCCUAGACGGAGAUCCUUUGGGCAGAUUGAAGAUCAGUCCUGAUGGAGUGAUGACUAGAGAUGAGAAGGUUUUCAGAUUUGCUAGAGAAAGAAAUAUACCACUUCUGAUGCUUACUUCAGGUGGCUAUAUGAAGUCUAGUGCUCGAGUAAUAGCAGAUUCAAUUAUAAAUCUUUCCAAGAAAAACUUGAUAGCAUUGGACAGUCCUCUGGGUAGAAAGUAAAGCUUGAUGUUUACCCAAAACGUACAAGAUGAAAGCUAUGCUACAAUGAUCAAACACGUAGAUUAAAAACAUGUAUUUUGUAUAUAUAUUUUAAUGUUAAUAUAUGUACAUCCUGUAUGCUUGAUUCUGAUGAUAUGACGUUUGUUCAGAUUAAAAAUGUAGAAUUUACCAGGACCAUUCUUCAUCUUGAAUGUUAUUGUUGAAAAAAGUCUUUUGAUCCA